UGCUAAAGCCAAAACAAAUCUGCUAAACUCUGAUCAGGUGGCGACUGGUGCAACAAAGCCACGUCUACUUAUGACAAGAAACAAGCAAAGAAGAUGAUAUCAUUUCUUGUUAGGUGAUGUCUAAUUGUACAAAUACAACUCAGUGAGCACUUUCCUCCUCUGUGACUCCUGUUCUAUUAUUUCUUUUUUUAUUUUAUUAAUGUUCGACGUGCAUAAGACCAAACUUAAUGCUGGACUUUGAGCUUUGGAUGAAUCCCUUUUAAAUCAUGGAUUUCCACGAUUCACUCCAUCUACCUUGUUUUGCAAAGCCUCGUUGUGUGAGUGGAAUGAAACGAGGCACCUUCUCAUGCUGCGUCCAACUUGAAGGGCACAAUGCGCACAUGCACUUCCAGGCAAUGUUGACAUUUCUGGUAACAGGCCAGCGCGUCACGUCGAGGUCUGCAGGCCUAUAAAUCUCUGCUGGAGGGCGUGCGUCCUCUCAUUGUCAUCCACCGGAGGUGCGUGGACUGACGUCGUUCUUCCCGAGGACAACAUCACACACUAUUCAUUUUCUUUCUCGUUGUUUUUUUUUUGUUUGUUGGUGUACUUUCAUCAUCAGGACUGGGAGCCAGCGAAGAUGUGCGGAAGACACGCUGAUCUGCAAAAUAAAGGUGGUGGACGCGUGAACCAGUUAGGAGGCAUGUUUCUGAACGGCAGACCUCUCCCCGAGUCCAAGAGGAGGAAAAUGAUCGAGCUGGCCUCGGAGGGAGUUCGUCCCAGUCAAAUAUCCAGGAUACUUCGGGUGUCCAACGGCUGCGUCAGCAAGAUCCUGAGCCGUUACCGACGCACGGGACUCCUGGAGCCCAAGACCACAGGGGGGAGCCGACCGCGACUCCUCACCCCCGGAGUCAUCUCCACCAUAAUCCAGUACAAACGGGAGAACCCAACCAUCUUCGCCUGGGAGAUUCGGAAGCGCCUGGCGGCGGCGCGACUGUGCAAAGUCUCGCAAGUUCCCAGCGUGUCAUCUAUAAAUCGGAUAUUAAGAAAGAUCCACUUGGACCACGGACCCUUGUGCAUGGAGACGAGUGCGCACAUCAGCUGUGCGCAGGACUUUGAUUCUUUGAUUCAAGAAGAAGUGAAUCAGAGUGAGCUCGUGUGCAGUGACGUCCGGAAACCUAAAGGUGUCCAGCACCGAAACCGCACCACCUUCACCCCAGAGCAGAGCAGAGCACUUGAGCAAGCAGAAUUCACCCUCAGCCAGUAUGCAGAUAUGUACAUGAGAGAGAACCUGUCGGCCAAAAUCAAAAUUCCCGAGGACACCAUCAAGGUGUGGUUUUCAAACAGAAGGGCAAAGUGGAGGAGGGAAACCAAACAGAGGAGCGGCACACAGACUGCAGAGCUUCAGAAGAAAAGAGAUUUUGUUCUCGUGAAUGCAGCGGUGCCGCACAGCCUCACAUCUCAGCAGGCAACGGGAGAGUCAAGACUCCACGGUCAGAACUCACACGCCUCCUCACCGUGCAACACUGUUGCCUGGAAAUUGCAGAAUGGCUGCAUUUUCACAACAGACACAGAUCCCACAGGUGUCAGUAGCUCCGGACGUCAGACCUCCAUCUCAGUGCCGCCCCCGUGCUUCCAUCCGUCGAAUAACCCGAUGGCCCAGAACACAGGCACGACUCCCCUGGCACCGCACACCGAGAGAUUCACUUUCCCGCUGGUGCACCAGCCCACAGACUCCAGGACAUCCCGCCCACCGGUGACCCAGGCGGUACGAGGCGAGCGCCCGGCGACUCAGUGCUGGACUCAGCAGGGACUUGCUCUCACUUGGAGCCAGUUUCAAACGGAUCAGAGGUUUCUGGUCGCCCGGCAGCCCUGGGACGUCAGUCCACACUAGUGCCUGGACAUCGGUGAGAUAAUGCAGGUCCUUUUGAAGGGAUGCAGCUUAAUGUCACGACUGGAGGGACACGUUCAGGCCAACAGAGGGCGACAAAUGACUGACGUUACAACAUUGUCCUUCACACACUUUUUUCUUUUUUCCAAUGCACUGCAACUUCGCUCAUCACUUUUCUCUUGAAAUGUCAUUAAUAAGGAGUACGGCCCUGCAGAAGUUCAUAGCUUACGUAUCAUUCAAAAGUCUUUUUGUAAUGGUUCAUUGCUUAUAUUAAAGACAACCUAAAG